AUGGCACUAACGGCUGGAAUCCGAAUGCUACAUCCACCACCAUGUAGCCAAUUGGUGAUCAACGUCGCCAACUGCAACGGAGCAAAGCCAUGGCAAAUGGCCUUUCUGAUCGGCGGACUCGGAUUUCUGGUCAUUGGAGUCGGCGGCAUCAGGCCAUGUAAUCUGGCAUUUGGAGCAGACCAAUUUAACCCCAAUACAGAAUCAGGCAAAAGAACAGUCAAUAGUUUCUUCAAUUGGUACUAUUUUACCUACACUUUCGCAGCAAUGAUCUCUCUUACAGCCAUUGUCUAUGUCCAAUCUGAUAUCAGCUGCUUGGGGUUUUCCAUUCCUGCAUUUUGUAUGUUCUUUUCAUGCUUUUUCUUCUUCAGAAUUUAUGUCAGAGUGAAACCAUUUGGCAAUCCUUUGAUAAAUGUUGUGAAUGUUGCUGUGGUUUCAUUUAAGAAGCGAAAGUUGAAGCUGCCUGAAUAACCACCAAUUGCAUCUCUUUUCAACUAUGUUCCAACCAACUCCAUUAAUUCCGGGCUUUGUCAUAGCAAGUAGUUCAGGUUCCUUGACAAGGCUGCAAUUAUAACUCAAGAAGACGAAAUCAAUCAUGAUGGAUCAGCCGCUCAUCCAUGGAGGCUUUGCAGCAUUCAGCAAGUUGAAGAACUGAAGUGCAUUCUAAGGAUCAUUCCUAUAUGGUUUACCAAUAUCAUUUACUUUGCCCCCAUAGUCCAUCAAACUUAUGGAGUGUUUCAAGCUCUCCAAUCUAAUCGCCGUCUAGGCGCUUCUGGUUUCAAGAUACCGACAGCCUCCUUCUACAUCUUUACAAUGAUUGGCGUCACCGUCUGGCUACCAAUCUAUGACAGAAUUCUCAUACUGGCUCUCCGUAAACUCACCGGAAAAGAAAGUGGCACAACUCUUCUCCAAAAGAUGAGUGUUGGCUUGGUACUCAACAUUGCAACCCUUUUUCUCUCUGCUUUUAUUGAAAGUAGGAGAAGGCAUUUAGCUCUUGAAAAACCAAUUGGGACAGAAUUUGGAAGAGGUGCCCUUUCUUCAAUGUCUAGUUUGUGGUUGAUACCUCAGUUCAUCUUGAUAGGCAUUUCUGAAGCUUUCACAUCUAUUGCUCAUAAUGAGUUCUAUUACAAGUAAGUUCCAGAGAACAUGAUAAGCAUUCGAGGGUCUUUCUUGUUUGUUGGGUAUGCAAUAUCUAGCUACUUGGGAAGUUUGUUCAUGGAAAGACAAAGGAGGGAGGUGCCAAUGUGGGAUUGGUUGGCUGAAGAAUUUCUACUGUCUAGAUGCUGGAUUGCAAAUCUUAAAUUUGGUUUAUUUUUUAGUUUGUGCAAAGUGGUAUAGGUACAAAGAAUUUGGUAGCA